GAAAACGGGAAAAGCAUGUGAAAUGAGAGAAAUAGGAAAUAUCAACAAAAUACGUGAAGUUAAUGAAACAGGCGAAGUAAAUAAAUCAAAUGAAUUAGGCGAAACAAAUGGAUCAAGUGAGGAUGAAUCAGGCGAAGCGAAUGAAGAAAGCAAUGGUUAUUUUAAUGAAUUAUGUCUUAAUGGAGAGAAUACAG